AGACUUCAACCAACUCCAGUUUUGCUUCACAUGCUGAUAACGGGGUUCACACACUUGAUGGUCGUAUUUGCUCCAGCAGUGACUAUAACGAUCAAAGAUGAACGCAUCGACGAUGGUGGUUGCCUUCCUGAUGUUAGGCCUCCUGGUGGCGCCAUCUAGAGCUUGGCCGGACUGGUGGGACCGCACAAGGGAAGCCUUUCAGGGAGCUUGCGACAUGUAUAGUGCAUACAGUGACAUGCGUGAAGCCAACUGGACGAAUUCAGACAAGUACUUUCAUGCACGAGGCAACUACGAUGCCGCACAGCGAGGACCCGGAGGAGCUUGGGCAGCUGGCGUCAUUAGCAACACACGCGAAAGUUAUCAAUCUGGCCUCAGCGGUCAAGGAGCCGCGGAUACUGCAGCUGAUCAGGCGGCUAACAUCUGGGGGCGCAACGGUGGAGACCCCAACGUAUAUCGUCCAAAAGGACUUCCUCCCCGAUACUAACCUGGCUGCACGUCUAAAGAAGAGUUGAUAAGUUCAAGCCGACAAGUUUCUGUAAUUCAGUUUCUGUCCAAAAAUCAUAAAAAAUAAGGAUGAACUUAGAGGGUCGAAUGUUUACUACCAGUGGAUAGUAUAUCUGGCAUUCAAUAUCCUGCCAGAAAGGGUACCUCGACUGGCUCAUUUAAAAAAUAAAUCGACGUUUAUGAAGCCAUGCAUCUCAUGACGUUAUCAAAUUUAUCACCUGGAACUGUAAAAUAUUGAGUCCCAAUUCUUCCGCCAGUCAAAAUGUUUCAAACGUCGAAUGACAUUUCUUCCCCAUAUUUUGGAAAACGGAAGUUCAAUAGUUACCCGUCCUAGAUCUAAGAAUUAGUGUAUACAUGACCAACUGUCAAUCAGCUAUAUCAAAUUCAUUUUUCUGUAUUGGGUUGGGUCGAUGGGUCGAAUGAAUAUCUUUUGCCUUCCUAUUGUAAUUAGGCUCGUGAUACCUGUAAGCGGCGAGUGAAAUCGCUCGUAUUGAUUGGUUUACUGCUAUAUAAGAAAACUUUUACUCGUCUAAACCUUAGGGUAUUUUAUGCCUCUCACAUCUCAUAAUUUAUAAGGGAUGUUUAUUCUCUAAAGUUCCUUUAAAAGCUAAAGUCACAAGUCUAUUUCACGUCUUUAACAAAAAUGAGCCUGGCAAUUAAGGAUUGAAAUUAGGCUGAAAUGAACGAAACUAAUAUUGGAAUUUAUCAUUCUGCAAAUAAGAAUACAAGAAGAGUGACUGGUACAACGUAUUGGUUUUCUCCACUAUAAUAGGCAUAUUAUGAGCAUAAUGUUUGAUUAUACAUGGUAUAAAAGCUAGAUUAAAAAUGAAACUAGAGU